AUUUUGCUUUCAGUCAACGUAAAGCCUCGCCUAUAAUGUCUAAUAUUGUGAGAGAUUGGCUUGCUAAAAAUCCUCAGCGACGUCCUUUAAUACUCCCAGGAAGCCGUAAUUUUGCAAACAUGUGCGAGAUGUUAACAUCCACAUAACAACGGAAAGCAAAUAUUAUUAAUUUAUACUUGUUCAUGCCUAAAAUUAGAGCGCAUUGAAGUCUAAAUUUUUACAGGAGUUUGUGCAUUUUGAAAGAGUACACAGACAUUUUAAGCAUGAAAGUGCACUUUUCGACAUUGUACUGGACAUGCGGUUUAAAAAUUGAUAGACCGAAAUUUCCUUGGUGAGAACAAACACUGUGGCCAGUCGAAUUCAACGAUGAAACGAGUUCGGGAAAUAACCGUAUCUCUUGUGCUUCAUUAAAAACUAACAAGGCGACUGCUACCUGCAAACAGCGUAGACUGGUGGGAAUCGCACACUGGUAACUUCAUUCACAAGAAGGUAGCAGCAAACUGAAAUGCAGCAACCAAGUGAGGAACCGGAAAGAAAUGCAGAGUGCAGUGAAGGCACGUCGGGGGAGCCUACAGCGGUGAGACAACACGAAUCCCCCCCGGGUGGCGGUGUGGAGCCAAAGGAACCGUUGAUCCAGCUGUAUCUUGCCGAUAGCAUCCCACUUCUGUGGCGUUCGGCGCACGUUAAAGUGGCUCGAGAGAGGCUGGGGGUGGUCGGAGCAGCCGUGGGUUCGCUGGCUCGGCAACCUCGUCAAAACUGCCGUCUCUCCAGGCCGGUGCAGUUGCUUCGGGAGGAAGCUCGUUUUCUACUGGAGAACGGGAGGGCUGAGCUGGUGAAAGCUCUCAAACCGCAGAAUUAUGAGCAGGAAGUACAAAGCUAUGCUCAUUAUUUGGAGCGCAACCAUGAAGAGCAACAAAAAUUUGCACUAGAGGAGAAGAAACAAGUGUUGAAGAGAGUGAUGGAGGAUAAAUGCAAAGAUGGUGCUGCAGCUCCAAGUUCAAUCCAGUCUGUGAAGGAUAGUCUGGAUUCUUUGGAGAGUUCGUUCACGUUUCCUUGCUCUGCUAUGAUGGUGCAGCUUUGCACAGCUAGAGCUAGAUUCAGCUAUACACCAGAAGAACGUCUUUGGCUGUCUGCAGAAUUGGCAAACCCAGUUGAUGAGAGACAGAAAGUGAGAUAUCGGGUGUUCAGUGAUCUUAGGGAAAAGGGCUAUUAUUUGACUUCUGCUGGUAAAUUUGGAGGAGACUACCUUGUCUAUCCAGGUGACCCCUUGCGUUUUCAUGCACACUUCAUUGCUGUGUGUGUGCCACUUGAUAAAGAGACUCCAUUGAGUGAUUACCUUUCACUUUCAAGAUUGGGUUCCAAUGUAAAGAAAACUAUUUUAUUGUGCUCUCCAAGUCAAACUGAUGCAAAAUUUGUGCAUUAUACUUCUAUACAGUGGAGUGGGAUGGUGUGACAUUUUUCCAAUAUUUAUCUAUCUGGUUGAUGAAUUUGUUUAUAAAGCAGAAUGGAUGAAAUUGAUUUCUGGAUAUUAAAGAAAAGGAAUGUUAAAGUGAAUAUGAAAAUAAACUAAUUUUGCUAA